CAAAUUUAUUCAGGAAAACAUGGCGUCCGUCUAAAACUUGACUGUAGAACCAAUUUGGUAAAUCAGACCCACUUUAAACAAAGACACGGUUUCGCCGAAGGUUUUAAAAUCCUAAAAAGACAAAUUAAACCGGAGCUGCUCGGCAGAACGUUUCGGUUUACGUUAGGAGUCCCCUCCACUGUCCGUGUGUCGUUACCGGAUUGUCUGCAGUUCAUUAUCAUGUUUGAAGAAACGGGCCCAGAGUGGCUGUCCGAGGAGGUGAAAACAGGAACAACCAUUAUCGCCAUAGAGUUUGAUGGAGGGGUCGUGCUGGGGUCUGACUCCCGAGUGUCUGCUGGGGCAUCAGUGGUGAACAGAGUGAUGAACAAACUGUCUCCCCUCCAUGAUAAGAUCUACUGUGCUCUGUCAGGAUCUGCAGCAGACGCUCAGACUAUCGCUGAGAUAGUCAACUACCAGCUGGAUGUGCACAGCAUUGAGAUAGGUGAGGAUCCUCAGGUUCGCUCAGCUGCCACUCUUGUGAGAAACAUCUCAUACAAGUACAAAGAGGAGCUGUCAGCACACCUGAUUGUAGCCGGCUGGGACAGAAGAGAUGGAGGGCAGGUGUUUGCAACUAUGAAAGGACUCCUGACACGUCAGCCGUUUGCAGUCGGCGGCUCUGGCAGCUCGUAUGUUUACGGGUUUGUUGAUGCUGAAUAUCGCAGAGGCAUGAGAAAGGAGGAGUGCCAGCAGUUUGUUGUCAACACUCUCUCUUUGGCAAUGAACCGUGAUGGCUCCAGCGGAGGUGUGGCCUACAUCGUCACCAUUGAUGAACACGGCACAGAGGAGAAAGUUGUUCUAGGAAAUCAGUUACCCACCUUCUUUGAUCAGUGACAGAUUUU